CAAGCAAGGAGAGCCCACAAGGCAAAAAACCCCUCUUUGCUUAUUCAUUUUCCCCACGUAUGCCCCGAUUUCGCUCUCAAGAAACAGAUCCUGAAAGGAGAAAGGAAGGGUACUUGGUGUUUCCCUCACUUUGCAUUCAUUCCCCUCUCGCUUCCUCUUCGCAUCUCUAACCCGAACAUUCACACUCAAAUUUGAUAAAUGAGGAAACUUUGUCCAAACAUCGACAAAGAAGAUGGCCUUGAGACGGUUCUGGAGGUCCCUGUCCCCGAAGAAAUGUUCACCAGCAUGGGCAACAAUCUUCAAGCCCGUCUGGAAAACAUGUUAACAUGGAUGAAAGCUCAAGCAUCCGAUAAGUGGUCCCAACCCAUGCUUGCCGGUCGGAUUAACGAGCUGCGCUUCCUACUUUACCUUGUUGGAUCCCCUCUUAUCCCUCUCCAGGUGCAAUUGGGCCACUCUGUUCACAAACCUGUCAAGGACUGCUCCAUUCAAGCUUCAACAGCAAAAUACAUUGUGCAGCAGUACAUAGCUGCAACAGGUGGACAACAAGCAUUAAACGCAGUGCAUAGUAUGUGUGUAACCGGACAGGUGAAAAUCACUGCAUCGGAGUUUCAACAAGGCGAUGUAAACGUCAAAGUGAAGAGCACAGAGGAAACAGGCGGAUUCGUGCUAUGGCAAAAAGACCCAGAUUUAUGGUGCUUGGAGCUUAUAAUUUCAGGUUGCAAGGUUGUUUCUGGAAGCAAUGGCAAACUCUCCUGGAGGCAUUCCUCUAAUCAACAAACUCCUAUUGCAAGAGGCCCUCCCAGACCCUUGCGCCGCUUUCUCCAGGGGUUGGAUCCUAGGUCGACGGCCAAUUUGUUCAUAGAUGCAACGUGCAUAGGUGAGAAAAUUAUAAGCAAUGAAGACUGCUUCAUCCUAAAGCUGGAGACAAAUGCAGCAAUCCGUGAGGCGCAAAGCGGACCAAACUAUGAGAUCAUCAACCACACAAUCUGGGGUUACUUUAGCCAGAGAUCGGGUUUGAUGAUUCAAUUUGAGGAUUCCAGGUUACUGAUGAUGAAAACCAAGGACGAGAGCGACGUGUUCUGGGAAACCAGGACGGAGUCGGUGAUGGACGACUAUAAAUACACGGAUGGGGUGAACAUCGCACAUUCUGGGAAAACAAGCGUCACGGUGUUUAGGUACGGGGAGCAAUCGUCAAACCACAAGAGGCAGAUUGAAGAGAAAUGGAAGAUCGAAGACGUUGAUUUCAAUGUUUGGGGUUUGACAAAGGAUGAUUUUAUUCCACCUUCUGACAUGCGAACAAGUUAAAAACAACCCCCUUUAUAUAAGUUUUAGAAGCAUAAGAAGAAGAGAAAUUUUGCGUUUGUCUUUUCUUUUGAACAUGGCGAAGGGGGAAAAACCCAACAAUUGCUUUUAUUCCAGACAUUUUUCUUUUUCAUAUCAAAUCAUUUUUUGUUCACAUGUAUUUUUUAAAUCCAAAUUUAAUUCGAUUUGUAUGUGUCAUUUUCAUAUCA